GUCUCCUCGUUACACGUGUGAUGUUUUUUUUUUCUUUUUUCGCUCAUAGGAUUUGAACUAGGGUUUUGACGCGCAAACAGAAUUCCCGCGAAGGCGCGAACCAGGACAAGGAAGCCGGAAGCUUGAAUGAAACAACGUGACAUUGCUCCGGCGAAAAAUAUUUACUCUCAGGCCUCAGCUCAAGCAUGGGACGAUAGAGUAACUAUAAUCUUCGUCCACUGCAAACUCCAACUGCUCAAGAAUUCGAGAAGAGAUGGAAGUGAGCGAGAGAAAAAUCCAAGUCCGAAGCCUAGCGGGCGAAUCUACAACCAUUUCGAUUUCCCCGAACAGCACUAUUGAAGAAUUAAAACUUAUGCUGAAAGACUCUUUCGCUCCCGCUAAAAACUCUCCGAAUUUUCACCUUUUUUUUAAGGGAGCUAAAAUGAGUUUGGGGAGUCGGAUAAAUAGCUAUUCCGUUGGGCAAAGUGAAUUCGUCGUUCUUGUUCCUUUUAAUAAGAAGGACCGGCGUCAGACACAAUACAUACUCCCUCAGCAGGGCACAGAGCCACCAAAGGUUCCUAGUCAGAGCACAACCUCGCCAUUUGCAGAUUUGGCAUGGUCAGAUAUGAUGCGCGAUCUGUCAUCCUUGUCAAAGAAUCCGCCAAGUGAAAUUCAACCCGAUUUAACACCAUAUGGUAGAAAUGCUCAAGGAAGUGAUACGUUGUUUGGUGAAAGCUCUGAUGCCCGCACUUCAAAAGCCAAACGCAUGAGAGUGUUGGAUGGUGAUCAACGGGAAAGACUUCCUGAUGGCCUUCUUAAGAACAUUCUUUGCUCAACUAAUACGAAUGUCCUUGAUGAACAUGGUUGUGGGAGGUUUCUUCAGGUUUUGGAGUCGGUGGAUUGCUUGUCUGAUCCACAAUCGGGAAGCUGCUUGUUAUUCAGAGAAGUUGGUUUUGCAGAGAAGGAUAAAAAGAAGUUGUGCCAUUGUCCGUCAUGGUUGAAGAUCAUAUUGAAAGCUUUUGCUUUCUUGAACAUUUUCUCAGGGUUCCUGCAAAUGCAGCAGAAGUUUACCACUUGGGAUUGUUUACAGGAAGCACUGGAGCAGAUGAGGAGAUAUGGGCUUGAUGUUGGUAUCUCGGACAUGGAACAUGUUUCAGUUCUUUGUCCAAAGGUAGUAAGACUUGGCAUUCAAGCAACUGGGGCUGCACAAAUGGAUGAUGCCAUUGUUAUUGUCAGGUCUUCAGCAGAGCUGGCUGAUCAACCUGACCAUCCUAAAGCUGCUAAGCAAGUAUCUAUAUCAGCAAUUAUGAACAAGAUAAAGAAACGGGAAGGUGUCUUCAAGAGAAACCUACGGGCAGCAGUUAACUCUUUAGUGGGUAAGUCCAUGUCUAGAAACAUGGUCAAUCAACUGUUCUCACUGGAAGAUCUAUUAAUAUCUAUAAAGGAUAGUGGUUAUGUUUCAAAAGGCAGUGAAGCAAAGAACACAAGGAGAUGUUGCUCUAUCACCUCAAGUUCUCAAUCAGUGCAAACACGAUGUUAUGAAACAAGUGUACUGCUACCAGUAGAAAUGGUGGAGCAUCUAAGAAAGGGCAUUGGGUCUCAAGGACAGAUUGUGCAUGUUGAAGAAAUUGGUGCAAGAAUGGCUGUUCAUGUGGAAAUUCCAGAGAGCCUCUCAGGGAACACAAGAUCCUUGCUUAAACAAGUUGGGAUAUCUAGAUUAUACUGUCAUCAGGCAGAGUCAAUACAGGCUUCUCUUUCUGGUAAGAAUGUUGUGGUGGCAACAAUGACAUCUAGUGGGAAAUCUCUUUGCUACAACCUGCCAGUGCUAGAAGCAUUGUCCCAGAAUUUAUGUUCAUGUGCUAUAUAUUUAUUUCCAACAAAGGCCUUAGCUCAAGAUCAGUUGAGAGCUUUAUUAGCAAUGACAGAGAGAUCAAAUUUCAGCAUAAAUAUUGGUGUAUAUGAUGGUGACACUUCUCAAGAAGAUAGAAUGUGGCUACGUGAUAGUGCUAGACUGUUAAUCACAAAUCCGGAUAUGCUACACAUGUCAAUCUUGCCAUUCCAUGGACAAUUUCAACGGAUUUUGUCAAACCUUAGGUUUGUCAUCAUUGAUGAGGCUCAUGCUUAUAAGGGUGCUUUUGGAUGCCAUACUGCUCUUAUACUUAGGAGGCUUCGUCGUCUCUGUUGCCAUGUAUAUGGUAGUGAUCCUUCCUUUGUAUUUUCUACUGCAACUUCAGCAAACCCCCGUGAGCAUGCUAUGGAACUUGCAAGCCUGCCAACAUUAGAGCUGAUUCAUAAUGAUGGAAGUCCUUGUGGUCCAAAGCUCUUUACCUUAUGGAACCCCCCUUUACAUUUCAAGACUGUGUCAAAAACUCAGGAUAGAAUGAAUGAAAACAAACCUGCUGAUUCAGAAAUCAUUGCUAGACGCUCAAGUCCGAUUUUGGAGCUCUCUUGCCUUUUUGCAGAAAUGGUUCAACAUGGACUUCGUUGCAUUGCUUUUUGCAAAACACGCAAGCUCACUGAAAUUGUUCUAUGCUAUACGCGUGAGAUUCUUCAAGAGACUGCACCUCACUUGGUUGACUCUAUAUGUGCUUACCGUGCUGGAUAUAUUGCUCAGCAGGAUAGGCGGAGAAUAGAGAGUGAGUUUUUCAAUGGGAAACUUUGUGGAGUUGCUGCAACAAAUGCUCUUGAAUUGGGUAUUGAUGUUGGACACAUUGAUGUAACUCUUCAUCUGGGUUUUCCUGGUAGUGUUGCCAGCUUGUGGCAACAGGCUGGGAGAUCUGGGAGAAGAGGAAAAGAAUCACUUGCAGUAUAUGUGGCAUUUGAAGGACCUCUUGACCAAUAUUUCAUGAAAUUUCCACAAAGGCUCUUUGGUAGUCCGAUUGAGAGUUGUCAUGUUGAUGCUCAUAACCAACAAGUGCUUGAGCAACAUCUUCUCUGCGCUGCUCUUGAACACCCAUUGAGCUUGCUUUAUGAUGAAAAAUAUUUUGGUUCUGGUCUACAUGGUGCAAUCAUGGCCCUUACAGAGAAAGGAUUUCUUAGUUGUGAUCUAUCUCGUGAUCUUCCUGCCAAAAUAUGGAGCUACAUUGGACAGGAGAAAAAACCUUCUCAUGCAAUUAGUAUUCGAGCAAUAGAGACUGAGAGAUACAAAGUAAUAGACAGUAAAAGGAAUGAAAUUCUUGAAGAGAUUGAGGAAAGCAAGGCCUUCUAUCAGGUUUAUGAAGGUGCUGUUUAUAUGCAUCAAGGGCAAACCUAUCUAGUGAAGGUCUUAGAUUUAUCAGCAAAGAUUGCUUUGUGUCAUGAAGCGGACUUGAAGUAUUACACCAAGACACGCGAUUAUACAGAUAUUCAUUUCAUCGGUGGGGAUAUUGCUUACCCAGUGGGGAUCUUUGACACUCAGCAUCCAAGAACAAUUGCUCAAGCACGGACUUGCAAAGUAACUACUACUUGGUUUGGCUUUUACCGUAUUUGGCGAGCAAGCAACCAAAUAUUUGAUGCAGUUGAACUUUCACUUCCUAAAUUUUCAUACGAGUCACAGGUCAAGGCAGUUUGGAUUCGAGUUCCUCAAUCAAUAAAAACAGAAGUGGAGAUUCAGAAUUUCUCAUUUCGUGCUGGCCUCCAUGCUGCUUCUCAUGCUAUCCUUAAUGUUGUGCCUCUGUAUAUAAUGUGCAAUUCUUCAGACUUGGCUUCGGAGUGUGCAAAUCCCCAUGAAACACGCUAUUUUCCAGAAAGAAUUCUGCUAUAUGAUGAGCACCCUGGAGGCAUAGGUAUUUCACUGAAGUUGCAACCGCUAUUUGGAGAACUACUAACUGCUGCUUUAGAGCUUCUCACAACAUGCCAGUGCUUAGGAGCUGCCGGUUGUCCCAAUUGUGUUCAAAGCCUAUCUUGUCAUGAAUACAACGAAGUUCUAGACAAAAAUGCUGCAAUUAUGAUUCUCCAGGCCGUCGUAGAAGCUGAGAACUUGAACUCUGGAAGACCAUCCUAAAUAGGCCUUUUUUUUAAGUUGUGGUAACAUUCACUUAUGUGGUAUAAUGAAGUUCACUAGUUUAUUGUUUGUUUAUUCGAAGGAAUACUUGUAGACGAUGUAGGAGCAAUGCAUUUCUAUUUCUAUACUGGAAGCCAACAUGUGAUGUCUAAUAGUACUAAGUAGUUUUAUGUUG